AUGGUGUUCGCGUGGAAAGCCGCAGGUCUUACCUACAACCGCUAUCUGGCCGUCGCUGCCCGCGUCGUGCGCCGCAGCCUGAAGGAGGAUAAGAGACUCGCGGCUGAGCGCCGAGGCGAGCAGGACCUCAGAUUCUCCAAGUGGUCGAACGGCAAGCAGGGCGAGGUCAAGAACCUCGCCGAAGCCAAUGCCGCUGCCGCGGUGGCGGCCGCCAACGCUGGAGGUUCGGCUUAG